AUGAAACAUAAAAAUUUAUACUCUCCUCAUUAUUAGAGCAAUAGUUUCAGUAGGUUCACUAGCAAAUAAGAUCUUUGUAUUGAUUCUUCAUAUAUAUCGAAAUAUUUAGGAUAACAAAAACAUUUACUUUCUCCAUAAAAAUUUAUGUCAACAAUGUAUUCAAAUAGAUUUGAAAAUAAUACUCUUAAUUCACCUAUAAGUGAUAGAAGUCAUAGUAAUAAUCAAUAUAAACAAUUAACAAAAAACUAUUUUCAAAAAAAAUAUCUUCUAUUGACAGCAGGUAAUGAAAAAAGUAUAAAAGCAUGGAGAAAUUACUUAAUUAAUAGUUUCAGGAAAAAAAUUGAAGAUUUUUUUAAUAUUAAGAAACUCAUUCUCUCUCCUUAAAAUAGAGGAAGAAAACUUAAAUUAGGUCGUUUUAACAAUUCUAUUAAACAUUAUUGUUUUUUGAGUGAUGAAAUUAUUGCUUUGAAUGCAUUAGUCAAAUAAAAAGUACCUGGAAUUGAUUUAAUUUAAGAAUAGGAUUAAUUAAUCAAAACAAAUUAUCAUUAUCUUAAGAAUUCAGAUAAUGUAGAUUAUGAUUCUAAGUAUGAUUAUUAUUAUUAUAAGGAUGCAGAGUAUGAUUUAAUAAUAUGAAGUUAUUAUUGAUAGAAUAUAAAAAGAAGCAUUUAAAAUACAUUUACCUAAUUAUAUUUAAGUAAAGAUGUAGAAUUAUAAUGACUUUUAUGAUGUAGAUUCUAAACUUAUAAAUCCUUAUUUUAGUUCGAAAUUGUAUGAAUCUUGUUAACAAUUAAAAUUCUAAAACAAAAAAUUAGUUAAAAAUUCUCAAUAGAUAUCUAUAUAUGAAAAUUAUUAAACUUCCAUUUAUGAUGAAUCUUAUUAAAAAAAUGACAAUAAAAUAUAGCCACAAAAAAAUAUAUCAAAUUUAUCAAAACCAUAAGUUUUAGAAUAAAAUAUAUAAUCAUCUAAUGUUAUAAAAAAUGAAUAUAUUUUAUAUAAUGAUCAUGAAGAUGAUAUUGCAUAAAUAAAAUAAACUCAUAAAUCAAAAUCAGAUCGAAACAAAUGUAUUAAACAUAAAUAUAGAAUUAAAAAGCCAUAUGAAUUUUAAUAAAAUACUUAAGUUAAUUUAUCAGAUCAUAGAUUUGUUGAUUAUAUGCUUAGUCUUGAAGAUGUUUAUGAUUGUAAUUUAGAAUAAUUUAAAGUUAAUUUGACAAUUGAAUUUGAAUAAAGUAAUUGUUUAAAUCUAGAUGAAUAUGAAUUUGUAGAUACUGACGAAGAAAAAGUAUACACAACUUAAAUUUAAUGGAAUGAUUAUUAUUUACUAAAAAAUUAAUGAAUUUAAUUGAUUCUUUAUCGAAUGAAUUCCAACAACUUUUAAGUGAUUAAAAGAAAAACCAAGUUUUGAAACCUCUUAUUUAAGGAAUAAUAGAUGAUAUCAAGAAGCACAAGUCUUAAUAAAAUUUACCUAUUUAAGAAAUAAUAAAAAUUCUUGUUAGACUUCCUGAAAGCAAAACCAAUCAAACAUCUGGAAUUGCUCUUAAUAUUAUAUUAAAACUAUUCAAUACUCCUAUAUUACAGGAAGUAAAUUAAAUUCUAUUUUAGGCAGACCUUCAUCCCUUAUUACAUUCUCUCUAUUUGUUUAAAGAUGAAAUAAUUGAAAAUGUUCAAUUAAAAUUAGUGUAAUGUAGUGUACAUUUAAUUCAUAAAGAAAUAGUAAAUAUCAAUAAUCCUGAGUGCAUAGAAAAAGUAAUAAUUAAUCUUAAUGUAGUUAAUUUGCAUAUUCUUUACAUUAGUAAUUUCAAAAAAUCCAAUUAUUCAAACUACUUCAAUGACAGGUCUCAUGAAAAUACUAGAUUUUUUAUAUGCAUAAUACAGUGAAAAACCUCAUAGAAAUGGAGUUCUGAUAUUUUUACAACUUAUUUAAGGAAUGAAAGGAUAAAAGGUACCAUUUGUUGUCUAACAUUAAUAUUCUAAAGGAAUAUGCAGAGAUAUGAUAUUUUAAAUAGUCUAAAAUUUGGGUCCUUUUUUAAAUAAAGAUGAAUAGCUAAGUAAAUUAAUAGAAGAAAUUUCUGCCAUUAUUUAUGAAGAAAUGAGUUUGGAUUCUGCAGAUGUUUAAUUCAGUAUUUUCGUAUAUAAUCAUAGAUGCAAGAAGAAUUAGAGAUUCAUUUAGAAUGAUAGUAAGUUUACAAAGAGACAUAUCAUUACUUAAACAUAUUAGUCUACUAUUCACAAGAUCUCCAUCAUAUGGUUAUGUUAGAUAUUGGAUCUUAGAAGGAAUUCUAACUUUACUAUAAGAUCCUAAAUUAGUUAUGCUACUUUAUUAAGGACCUUUAUAGGAAGAAUAAUAAUAAUAAUAAUCUACUUUUUUAUAGCAUUUAGUUUUUAUUAUCAAAUUAUCUACUGAAUAAGAACCUUAAUAUACAAUAAAUUAGUCGAAUUAAUAAUAAACUUAUGCAAAGUAAAAGAAAUUAUACGAAUAGAACAUAUUAAAUUUAACAGAAAUUCCUAUAUAUAAUAAAUAAUAAUUUUCUUAAAAAUCAAGUAUUAUAUUAAAUUAUAUUAAUAGUUGAAUGUAUCUCUCAUUUUACUGAUUCAAUUUUAUAAAUUGCAUAUGAAAAAUAAAUUGGUUUAUUUAGUUUGAAUUACAAAUUAUCUCAAUCAAAGAUAUUAAUUGAAGAUAAUUGUAAAGAAGUAAAUUAAAUAAUUGAGACUACAUAAUAAUUAACUUUAAAAACAAUUUAAAAUCUAAUGAUAAAUUUAAAUGAUGAAAUCUAGUAUUAAAGUAUUUUAAAUUCAAUAUAAACUUGGAUUAAUUUAUCUGGUUCUUUAGGUUAAAAUAAAACUAGAGAUGCUUUUAUAAAAUAUUUAAGUAGUCUUUGUGUUGCCAAAUAAAAUACAACUCUAACAAAAAAUUAAUUGUAAAGUGCAAAAACCUUAUUCAAUAUAGCAUAAUUAGGAAGUAAUAUAAUUAAUUAAAUUUUUAGAUUUAUUAGAUAUUAAAUCAUGGUAUAUUAUAAUGAAGGCUAUGUAAUAAUUUGAAGCACUUCUUUAAAAAUCUUAAACUCAAAAUGCUAUAUAAUAAGAGUCUCAUCCUGAAAUAUAUUAAUAAGAAAUAUCAUUAUUAAAUAAUAUCUUAGAUGGUUUAUUUUCAUCAAGUAAUGUAUAUGAAGAUGCCAAUUUAUUACAUAUGAUUGAAGCUAUAAAUUAAGUAACUUUGAGUCUAAUGGAAUAAUUUAAUAAUGUUUAAUCUUUAGUUGAUUCUAAAUCUAUUUAAUUUGGAUUAUAAAAGAUUCAUUAAAUAACAAAGUAAAAUUGGUUCAGAAUUAACAAAUUUUGGGAUUUUAUUACUGCACAUUUUUUAUGCAUAGCAAAUUAUAAACAUAAAGCAUUUAGAGAAUCUGCAUUAGAGAUCUUUUCAUAUAUAGUUCAAUAAGGAUUUAUUUAUUUUUUAAAACCAGAUUAAAGUAUUUGUUGGGAAGGUGAUAGCUGGUAAUCUCAUUUAUUAAGUCCUAUUCAAUAAAUGAUUAAUAUUCCAUAUGCAGAUGUCAAAGAAACUUUAUUGAAUAUAAUUUUUAAAUUAAUUUAAAAUAAUGGACAUGAAUUGAAUAUUCUAGGAUUUAAUACUAUUAUUGAAAUAUUAUUAAUUAGUUGUGAUGAAACAGAACCUACAGGAUAUGUAAAUAUUGGAUUUCAUAUUUUGGAAUUAUUAAUAGGGUAAUUUAUGCAUUUAUUGGAUCCUAAGACAACUAGAAGAUUAUUACCAUUAAUAAAAUAAUUUAGAUAAAGAACAACAGAAUAAAAUAUUAGUUAUGUUUCAGUUGGUUUAAUUUGGUAAUUAGCAGAUAAUUUAAGUAAGAUUUGCACAAAUUAGACAUCACAAACUGAAGUAGAGGAAUUAUGGACUGUUGUUUUAUAGAGUUUAAAAGAUUUAUCAUUAGACAAUGCUCCAGAUGUUAGAUAAUCAGCUUUACAUAUUAUAAUUUAAAUAAUAUUAAUUAAUUGUGGAUCAUUUAGAAUUAAUUUUUAAAUUGAUUUACUAAAAAAUUUAAUAUUUAAGAUUUUAGAUGAUUUGAUAGGAAGAGUUGCCUAAUUAUAAUAAUUAUAAGUAAUUUUUCAUAUGAAAGUCCCUAAAUAUUUAAAAGAAGAAGAUUAUCCAAAAUUUACUAAAUUUUCUGAAAAAGAUUUAUAAACUACAAUUAAACCUUAAAAUGAAAUUAUGGUAGCAUGGGAAGAUACUUUAAAGAUUAUGAUUUAAAAUUUAACAAAAUUUUUAAAAAAGAUUGGACAAUAAGAAGAUUAAGAAUUUAAAUAACAUGCUUAAUAAUUAUAUAAUGAAACAUUUAUUAGAUUAAUAAUAUCAUUUAAAAUUAACAAUUUAGAUUUAAGAUGGGAAAUUAUUCGUUUAAUAAAAGAAAAUACAGAAAUUAUGAUAGAAAAAAAUUUGGUUGAAUAAUUUGAUUGGGCUAAGGAAUUUAUUCUCUGUAUUUAAGAGUUUAUAGGAUAAAAGAUUUAAGAUAAUAGAGAUGUUAAAACAUUAAUUAAUAAAAUUUUACCUGAAGUAUGUGAAUUAUAUGUAUUAUUUCUAAAAGCUCAUAAUAAAAAUUAAAAUUCAUUUUCAGAAGAAUUAGUAGAUGAUUUAUAUGAAAGUUACUAAGCAAUUGUUGAUUUGCCUAUAAACAUAGAAAAUAUAUCAAAUAUUAAAAUAUGGAUGGAUGAAAAAUAAUUACAUGAUUUUGCAGAAGACUUUUAUGUACAUCUUAGUAAUUAAAAGGAUAAAUCUAAAUUUUAUUCUUUUCUCUUAUUAAAUAUGAAAAAGGAAGGAGGAAUGACAAAAUUAUAGGAUUUAGUAAUUCUUAAGUAUACAUAAUUAUUAAAUAAAUAUAUAACAGACAAAUAAUUAACAGAUCCUGAACUUAUUAAAUAAUAUAUUGAUAUUUGUCUACUUUAGCUUUCAAUUAGAUAAAAUUAAUAAAAAGUAAAUAAUGUUAAAAAUUAUAAUAAAACUAAUAAACCUUUAUGGGUUUAAGUUCUACCAUUAAUAAUAGAAACUAUUUAAAUUUGUUAAAAAAAUGAAUAUGUUUAACUUUUAUCUGAAUAACUCAAUUUUACAUAGUAAUGGGAUAAAAUAAUAAGUAUUGAUGGAUUAAAGAGUUGUAUUGAUGUGGAAUUAUAAAUUUGUGAAUGGCUUCUUUCAUAAGAUAUUUUGGAUCGAGAAAUUAUCAAUUAUUGGGAAUUACUAUCUAGGAAUAUCAAUUUAUAUUAAUUAGAAGACUUGUUUUAUGAAACUAGAUAAAAGUUGAUGAAUAUAAUAUUUAAGAAACCUAAAAACUUAAUAACUUUAAAUUAAAUUUGUUAAUCCUUAGUUACUUAAUUUAUGAAGGAUGAAUAUAUGUCAGGAUCUAUGCCAUUAAGUAGAAAACGAGUUUAAGAAAUUAUUUAAUUGUUAUUGGAAUUAUAAUAAUUAAAAGAUUUGAACUUAGAACCACAUCCAUUACUUUAGGUCUUUGAAUGUUUAGUGGAAUUAAUAACAACAAGAGAAAUUGAUAUUAAGUAACCUUUAUAAAAUUUGUUUAAAUCUGUAGCAUUAAAGAUUAGAUCGCAUAAAUGA